GCACUCUUGAAUCUCUAAGACCAUUCACGUACAGUUGUUUAUAUGUCUUGCCCUAUUCACUGUUUUAAAUGUUGUCAAAAACCAGUAUUUUAAUGGAAUGCAUUAAAUUAUGACAAGUAUUUGCUUGAUCUAUAAGAUUACAUGUAUGGAACGAGCUAAGCGUUAUCUAUUAAAGGUUUAAGCGUGCCUUGUGGAGGGUAGGGUUUCAGCCAUGGCGUUAGAAGAAGCUUUCAGUAUUGUUCUUGCUGUAGCACUGGCUUCGAUAUGGCUAAUUGCAAACUUUCUCAAACGCAGCACUAAUAAGACCACAAAGGCAAAGCCACCGCAGCCUCCAUCGUGGCCAUUAUUUGGGCAUAUUCCUCUGCUAAGUGGAAGCAAACAACCCAUUCACACGAUUCUAUCCUCCCUCUCAGAGCGCUAUGGGCCCAUUAUGGAACUCCGACUUGGCAUUCACCGAGUUUUGCUCAUCAGUUCUUCAGAUCUUGCAAAAGAAUGCUUUACAACAAAUGACAAAGCCUUUGCUUCUCGCCCACUUAUGUCUGCAGGAAAGCAUACUGGGUAUGACUUCAAAAUGUUCAGCUUGGCCCCUUACGGCUCCUACUGGCGAAACAUCAGAAAAAUUUGCAGCCUCCAGCUCUUUACGGCAAAUAGAAUCGAGUCCUUCAAGAACGUCCGUACAGAAGAAAUUUCCAUUCUCAUCCGUUCGCUGUUCGAGAGUUCGCAACGAGACAUCAAUCCAGUGAACAUCAAGUCGAAGCUUUCAGAUCUCACAUUUAAUAUUAUUGUGCGAAUGGUUGCCGGCAAGAGAUUCUCGCCAGAUCUCUGUCCAGAGGAUUUCAAAGAAGCGCAGCACUUUAAGCAGAUGGUAAAAGAAGGCGCCUUGUUAGCUGGAGCAUUCGAUAUCUGCUACUACCUGCCUGUACUCAAGUGGAUUGAUCCAAAUGGAAUAGUGUUUGCCAUGAAAAAUCUACAGAAGAAGAGAGAUGUGUUUUUGGAGAAAUUACUCCAAGAUCACAGAGAAAAGAGAAGGGAGCGUGCUCGAGACUUUAUUGAUGUUCUCAUAUCUGCAGUAGACAACCAUGAAAUCCAGUCUGACAAUAACGACGAUGUCGUGAAGGCCAACGCCUUGACCUUGAUAAACGCAGGUACUGAAACAUCCUCUCUGACAAUCGAGUGGGCACUAUCAGCUUUGAUGAAGGACCCGGACAGUAUGAGGAAAGCCCAACAAGAGCUCGACACCCAUGUCGGACGGGACCGAUUAAUGGAGGAAUCGGAUAUCCCCAAGCUGAAAUACUUGCAGGCAAUUGUGAAAGAGACUCUCAGGCUUCAUCCAGCAUCACCUCUUAUGCUUCCUCAUGAAUCCAGUGAGGCCUGCAGUGUUGGAGGAUACCAUGUUCCCGCAGGAACGCAACUGUUAGUGAAUAUCUGGGCAAUUCACAGGGACGCGGCCGUGUGGGACCGCCCCAUGGAAUUCAUUCCUGAACGUUUUGUCAAGAGCGACAAAGAGAUUGACGUGAAAGGACAAGACUUUGAAUUGAUUCCGUUUGGUUCAGGAAGAAGAAAGUGUCCGGGCAUGCCAUUGGCAUUGAUUGUGAUCAGCCAUACAUUGGGGCGGUUGCUUCAGAGCUUCGAGUGGUUUUGUCCAGAGGGCUCUGAAAUUGACAUGACAGAGGGGCUUGGGCUCUCAACGCCAAAAUCAGUGCCAUUGGAGGCUAUUAUUAAACCACGCCUUCCUCUCCAUCUCUACUGAUAUAGCUGUUUGCUCCAUGGAGUAUUAACGGCUGGCCACAUACCACAUUGUCGGUUGUCAAUCAUUUAAUUUACUAAGAAUUGCUCCAAUUGUUCAAAGUCUUCCCCUAUUAUAUUCCCUGCAUGUUUCGUUUUGUACAUCAAUAUUGAUGUCUUCAAGAGCUCAGAAGUACAACGUUUUGAAGAUUAUCUUCGGACGAUCAUUGAUUGGGACUCUCAAAAAUUAGAAAUGUCAAAAAUAUGUUGAAAAAGAUGUUUGAAUCAUAUUUGUGUUUGCAAUAGUCAUCUACAUGGAUGACUCUAAUUUCCUUUUUGUAUUUCUCUUUAGCAAUCCACAACAUUAUUUGGAGAUUUACAAGCUGGGGAUUGUUGGCUUGUGAAUUAUA